CGGGGUCAAAUUGUGUAUUUUAAUACCGGAAAUGUUGUCUUUGAACUCUUUGCGGAUUGGGCGCUCGUCCCGGGCUCUACUGCACUCAAACUGGCUAAUGACGAAACGACAGUCUGUUUAUAAAACUGUUAUAUGUUCAGCACAUUGCAUGUCCACCGGCUUCCUCAAAAAGGACACAGGGAUCAACAACGUGAACUUUAAAGCACUGGGACAAGAAAGGAAGCUAAUUUACUACACUACUUCACCUCGGAAUUACAGCACAGGUCAAGUUAAACUGAACUGCUGGAACUGCAAACUGCCUCUUGACCAAAGACCUGUAUUCUUCUGUAUGUCAUGCAAAGCUGUUCAGCCUCCUGAUGAAGAGGCAUCCUACUUUAAGCUUAUGGAUUGUGACUACACAUUCACACUGGACACACACAAGCUGCAGAAAAGAUACCUGCAGCUCCAGCGGUCUCUACACCCAGACAACUUCAGCCAGAAAUCUGUGAGAGAACAGGAGUAUUCAGAAAGCCACUCGGCUCUUGUGAACAAAGCAUACCAGACGCUGCUUAAGCCUUUGAGUCGUGGUCUUUAUAUGCUGGAGCUGGAGGGGAUGCGUAUAGAUGAUGGCACCGACUCCGGGGCUGAUUCGGAAUUUCUAAUGGAGCUAAUGGAGAUCAAUGAAGCCCUUGAUGAAGCACAGACUCCAGAGGAAGCCAAUAAGAUUGGCCAAGACACAAAAGGGAAGCUGGCAGUCUUAACAGAGGAGAUAGACGCUGCCCUUCUUAAAGGAGAGCUUCAAGCCGCCAAAGUCCUGCUUGCCCAAAUGAAAUAUUAUGCAAACAUUGAAGAGAAAGUGAAGGAAAAACUUUCUGAAUUCAUGUAAGUUUUCCCCCUACUUAGUGUCACUUUAUUUCAUAUCUUUAGCUACUUAAAACAAAGUUUUGUACAGAAGCGCACAAAUUAUUGUAUUAUUUGUCUUGGGAUUAUGCAAAUCUAUUGUUCGAGUUGAAUAAUAAAACCACUUGUAAUGC